CACAAACGUAAAUAGCUACAUGAAUAACGCUUUUAUUAAAUACUUCGAAUACACUUGGGGUGUGCUCUUCGAGCUGGUUCCUCAGGGCAGUGGGGCUGAGCGGUGCCCCCCGCUGUGGUAGCGCCCGGGGCUCAGGCUGGGCGCGCACUUCGAAAGGUCGGACCGGCAGGACUUAUUUAUGAAAGUGCCUUGGAGUGGGAGAAAUGGACAACAGCGUUUUUCAAGUUUAUGAAGAUGAAAUUCAGUUGUUGGAAGAAGAAAUUAAACGUUUGACUGAAAAAUAUGAAGAUCUCCAACAGGAAUCCACCUUUUAUUCUGAUGAAGAAGUACAGAAGUCAGCGAAAAUAUUCCAAAGAGAAUUUCUGGGACAUAAGGGACAUGAACCUCCACUGGACCUGAUAGCUGAACUUGAAAGUCUAGAGAGAGAUCUCUCCUUUUUGGUGAAGUUUACUGGUAUUCAGAUCACAAGUCAUUCUAAGAAAACAUUAGAAAGAGCUGCAAAUCGAACAGUUCAGAAGCACAGACUGUCAGGAAAUUGCCAGUCCUUGCCUUUUUGUUUGGAAUUCCAGCUUCUUGAAGUGCAGAACAAGGAGAAUGUGUCUGUUGCUAUCACUGAUCUCAGCAUCCUAGUGGAAUCUGGACAGUGUUCAGAAUUAAGCAAGUUUGUGUCCAGUGCUGAAGAACAUGGAAAUCUUCUGAUGUUUUUCAGAAACCUUUCAUCUUAUGCUGAGUGGCGUGAACAUCGUAGAUGCACCUUCUUACAUUUCAAGGCCAAAUACCCCAACAUCGUAACCCUUCCCGAAGGACAGGAGGGAGAUCACAUCAUCCUAAGGAACCCUCAGCUGCCUGGGUUGGAAUUAAUCAUUGUUUGGAAGAUGCAUUUCAGUGAAGAAGGGAGAACUACGCCUGUCCUGGACCUGCUGCCCAAAGUACCAGAGCAAGUCUUGGGGCAGAAGGCGGCAGUUAUUGCCAACGCACCAACCUGCUUCCGCAGCAUGCUGCACCUGUUUGGGAUUGAAGCCGCUAUUGAGAACCUGAUCCAAGUGGUUGGCUUGGAAAAAUGAAACCCAGCGUGACGUACAACAGUCCAACACUGACGGUGCCAAUUAGGCAGAUUGAAGCAGGAUCUCGACUGUCCAAGUGCUGAAAUCAAUUUGUUUAAAAGCCAAGGCAUAAAACAUUAAACAUUUAAAAAGACCCACAGUCAAUCCAGCAGACAAAUGGGACUGGUUACCUUAAAUAUUUUCAAGUUGUUCUGUGCCUCCUGCAAUAAGCUCUUCAAAGCAAAGUGCAUUCUUUGUUUAUUUCUAGGAGGAAAAAACAAAUCCAAGAAUGUUUUACCACCACCUUUACUCAUCCUAAAUUCACCACAAAGCGACUGCUGGAAAUUACAGCGUCAGAUCUGAGUAAAUGGAAACACUUCUGAGAUUUCAUGUUAUGUAGCAGAAGAUAUCGGUACAUUAAUAAGCAACUCUGAUUCCUGGAAGAGGUGUGAAGAGGUGUCCAGCACCACAGAUAUUUACUGUAUGAGUCAGGCAAGCAGGCGUUAAUUAUCCUUAAUACUACAGGGAAAGUAAAAGUAACCUGAGAAAUAAAUCUACAAGAGGUUUUCCUGACAAAAGCACAAUCAAGUCACACACGUCCUUACCCUGAGAAGAGAUCCACUGGGCAAUAUUUACUUGGUCGCUUCCACUUUCCAUUCGCUACCUGUUGAAAACCAACACCGCCCUGUAAAUCACCUUUGGGAGUAACCGUUGUCAGUGAUUUUAAGUCAGGCAUGUGGCAUGAAUUUGCUGUCCUCAGAGGUGCCAUCACAUUUAAACCCCUACAGAGUUACAAGUCAUGACUGCUAAAGGUCUUUGUCUUCAUAUAGAGCUCAAAUCACUCAAAGUGCAUUCACAAAUGGAAAGCAGGAAGAAAGUUCACGUUACAUUUCAAUAAGGCACCGUUAUACAUACACGUAUUCAGACAUACAAAGGCCAUUGGUCAAAUAAGUUCCAUGUGUGUUACAUGCCAUUUUAAGUUAUGGAAUGUUACCAUGUAUGUUCUGAGUUGUGUUGGAAAGGAGAUUUGACACAGGAGUUUACCUCAUCAACAGCUUUAAUAGCCCUCAGAGACAGUUUGCUUCCAGCUUCCCACAGAACUUCUUCCAUCUCUCACUAAACAGAUUCAAACCCAGCAACUCAGAUGCACAUCCACCCACUAUCUUUAGUCAUAUCAGAGACUUAAGCAACAAUAUGCAAGAUUCAGCAUGAAAGCAAGACUGCAACGGUGAAUAAGCAACGUGGUAUGGUCAAAGGAAAGCAGGAUGACAACCACAAGAAAUUACCUUGAGAUGCUGAUGCAUACAGUAACGACACACCUUGUGCUUUAUCUCCUGUGAAACAUGGCUGGAGAAAGGAAUGAAGCCACACUUUGGCUAAAAGGAAAACAAAAAAGAGAUCACAAAUACAAAUGGAUUCAUUUUUAUAAAAGGCACUCAACGUGUCAAGGACAUAGAAAAAAAUCUAUCAGUCAACAUCCAACCCUUAAGAGCUUUGUUAUGUGUCACUGUAUGCUAUUCCUGAUUCUUUUCAAGUCCUCAUUUAAGAAUUAAGGAGACACAAAAUUGCUGUUGCCUGCAAACGUUACCUACUAAUAUCUGGGAAUUUUCUAAGCUUUAAAUAUGGGUGAUUUGAGAGGGAGAAGAGAUACUUCAUCCCAUGGGUCUGAUCUCUGCCGUAUCCCACUGCUGCACUUCUUUGAAACCACUCUGUUCAGCACAAGCUUAAAGAAUGCAAAGGGAGAGAAAACAGAAGAGUUUUCUCCUAUUUGAUACCUUAAUCUCUAUGCAGAGGAUUGGCCGAGGUUCCACAAAGCGAUAGGUCUGCAGCCUGGUAAGGUUAGGAAGGCACAUUGCAUAACCACUAAGUGUGUCCAUAUCUUUAUCACAGCGAGACUCUGCAGAGAGGGGAAGAAAGAAAAAAAAACACAAGAAAAUUCAAUGUGCAGAUAUUUAUUUUACUCCACAGUUGUGUUGUUCUCCAGUUGGGGGAAGAAAGAAAAGAGAGCAAAAAGCUUAGAAAGGCUGGACACAGUUUAGCAGGAUUUAGUCAAUUACGCGCUUGCUUAAGUUUGCCCUCCCCACAAGCAAUGCACGUUUUCUGUUUCUUCAAAACCUCACAGCACGAGCAGUACUUCAAGAGCCAUGUUCUAAGGCACGAUACUUUCUUAAACUUCCUAGUAAGGCACGACGUGUCAUAGCUUGAAAGGCCCCCUUUUCAACACUGUCAUCAAUACUUACCUGGCCUCUCUGGCUGAAUCUUUAAACAGAGCUGUCUUACGAAGUCUAAAGGCAGUUGGAUAAUUUCCUAAUUAAGAAAGAAAGAAAAAAGGUAAAUAUCUAUAUUUCAGCACAAAGAUUACAGCCCAGUUUGGGAAUCCUAAAACAGAAUACCAAAGGUCAGUGGGUGUUCCAUUCUCAGGGUGCUGAAUGGAACCCUAAGACUUGGAAGUUUACAAUGCAACAGGCAUUUAUUUGAAGAAGGAAAUGCUUACCCCAUGGUGAACGUAAUUCUCCCCAAAGAACUGCUUCAUAACAUGUUUUCCAAAGUCUACGAUAUUUUGCAGAUGGUGCAGGAUUUCCUCUGAUGUCUGGAAGAAAGAAAUGCAUUAAUUAAGUUAUGGAAUGACGGUCACCACUGCUCAGUACAUACAUAGACUAGUUGUUCAUCUAGCAAAGCAAUGGUCACUAAGUGCUGGAAUUAAAUGAACACACAACUGCUGUUUCCUUGCAGAAGUUUGAGGUGAUCAUGGAAACAGAAAAGAUGAUUUUUCAUUUUAAGUUUCUGAGGAAAAAAGGACAGAAAUAAU